CCGCGGAGGAAACAUGUCCAAGAUGCCGGCCAAGAAGAAGAGCUGCUUCCAGAUCACCAGCGUGACCACGGCCCAGGUGGCCAGCAGCAUCACCGAGGACACCGAGAGCCUGGACGACCCGGAUGAGUCCCGUACCGAGGACGUGUCUUCUGAAAUCUUUGAUGUUUCCCGAGCCACGGACUACGGCCCCGAGGAUGUCUGUGAGCGGAGCUCCUCCGAGGAGACUCUCAACAACGUGGGCGAGGCUGAAACUCCAGGCAGCGUCUCUCCCAACCUCCUGUUGGAUGGGCAGCUGGCUGCGGCUGCUGGUGGGGUAGCUGCAGCUCUGCCAGCUGUGGCCCCCAACGGAGGGGCUGUCCCCAAGAGUUCUGCUGUGCCCCUGCCAGCUGCUGCCCCUGGCACUACUGCAGCGGGAGGCAGCAGUGCUCAAACCGCCUUGCCCUCCACAGGGCCUUCUGCAUCUGCUGCUCCUGGGACAAUGUCUCAGACAGUGGCUGCUACGUGCAGCUCGCGCUUCAGGGUGAUCAAGCUGGACCAUGGUACAGGGGAGCCCUACAGGCGAGGCCGAUGGACGUGUAUGGAAUAUUAUGACCGGGACUCGGAUGGUGGCAGUGUCCUGAGCAGGACUGGAGAUUGCAUUAGGCACAGCAGCACCUUUGAGCAGGCCACUCAAGACAGGGACAGUGGCCUUGGUGCCACAGGAGGUUCUGUUGUGAUCUCGGCUGUGCCGGUGUCGGCCCAUGGCCCCGAUUCUAUAGCUGACAGUUCCCUGACUGCUGUGUCACAGCUGCUCCAGACAGAGAAAAUGAACCAGUCUUCUCUUCAGCAACCUAGUUUUGUCAUUGGGCAACAACAGCAGCCGCAGCAACCCAUAGGUGGGGCCAUGCCUCAAAGUACUGCUCAGCCCAUGUUUUCUGGGGCUUCGGUAGCAAAUCAGCAAAUGAUGGUGCCACAGCAGUCGCAGCCACAGGUAAAUGCACAGGGUGUUGCGCAGGCUGGACCCAAUGGGAAAGGCAUGGCAUCUCCAAAUGUGACAGUAGGGCAGCCGAGCAUUCCUGUGGCACAGCAGCAGCAGCAGGUGCAGCAGGCAAACGUACCAGUGACUCAGCCUCAACAAUUUGCUUAUUCUCAGUCCCAGAUUCCACCAGUGCAUCUCCUGCCGACGCAACCUUCUGGCCAGACCGAAUACAUGCAGCACAUGACAAUUAUGCAGUCUCAAGGAGCUAUUCAGCAGGCUACCACAGGCUCUGUUCCGAGUACUGUGUCUUCUAGCCUUCCCGUGGGGCAGGCGUCCGGCCAGAACCCCUCUCCGGUGGGAGCGCCGGUGAUGGGGGUGCCGGCACAGCCUGGUGAAGUGGCCGGGCAGGGAUCGGGAUUGAUGCAGAGUGGCCAGGCGCAAGCCGGUCAGGCUGCCGUUCCGCAAGCAGGAGGUGUGGUGCAGCAAGGCAUGGGGCAUACAGGGGUUGUGCAACAGAAAUCUGUGACUCAGCAUCAAAUGGGUGGAAGCAGUCAAGUGUCCGGAAUGCCUGGUGCUCCCCACGCUGUGGUCUCCGGCAUCCAGAACGUGCCUGCAGUUGUGCCCGGUGCAAGUGUGCCUAACGUGGCUGCCACCACUGCUGUUACUAUGCCAAAUGUCCCUGUUACGCUGGUCCAGUCCCAGAUGAGCAGCCACUCUUCUGCCAGCAGAAGUGCUGGCGUUGUCCAGCCGCAGCACGUCGGACACUCGCUCAUGCAAGGCACACCUGCCAGCCUGCCACAGUCCAGCCUGGGACAGUUUCAGACUCAAGCUCAAUCCUUAGUAGGCCAGAUUGAUGAUACGAGAAGAAAAUCGGAACCCCUACCUCAGCCACCACUUUCUCUUAUAGCUGAAACUAAACCUCUUGUGAAGCCUCCCAUUCCAGACACUCUAGCAAAUCCUCUUCAGCUACCUGCAAGUACUCCUAUGAACAGUCUUGCCAGCUCUGUGUUUGGCAUAUCUAUUCCUGUUGAUGGUGAUGAAGACAGGAACCCGUCAGCCGCGUUCUACCAAGCGUUCCAUUUGAGCAAGUUGCGUGAGUCAAAGACCUUCUGGGAUAGUGCAUCUGGUGCAAGUGUUGUUGCCAUUGACAACAAAAUAGAACAGGCAAUGGAUCUAGUGAAAAGCCAUUUGAUGUAUGCAGUAAGAGAAGAAGUGGAAGUCCUGAAGGAACAAAUAAAAGAAUUGGUGGAAAGAAACUCUUUACUUGAACGAGAAAACGCACUGUUAAAAUCCCUGUCCAACAACGAUCAGCUCUCCCAACUCUCAAGCCAACAGGCCAACCCCAGUAGCACUUCGCAGGCGCCAGCAGCGAUAGCACAGCCUCCGCAGCCAAUGCAACCUCCACAGCAGCCGAAUGUCUCCUCAGCCUAAACGCUCCCUGCCCUCCUUGGAAACCACCCCCAGAGCAGCCUGUCCUGUUGUGCCACUGAUGUUCUCUCUCCACUUGAUAUGAAAGCGAGUAGCCAUUGCUUUGUUGUGUGUUUUGGCCUUUUCAGUAUUAGACAAUCACUCUGCAAGAGCUGUCCCUCACUGCUCCACCGCCGAGUGCGCCCGGGAAUGUCUUGGGAGGAGCUGUUAGUGCUUGGGGUGCAGGAGCGUGGGGGGGAGCUGCAUGAGCUUUGGGGGCUCUCCAAGGUUUCCAUUUCCCGCCGGUUGCUUUGAGCCUUGCUCUCUGGUGAGGAGUGACUGCUCAUCUUCAGAGCCACUGUUCUUUCAACACGAGUAACAUUUUGCCUACAUUUAGUUUGGCUUUGUUUUUUUGGGGGGCUUUUGGGUUUUUUUUUGUUUUCUUUUUUUCUUCAUCUACAUGUUUUAUUUAUUACAGGGCUGCUAUUUUCAUAAUGUACAUGAACAAUGUCACAGAACUUUUGGUUUGGUUUGGUUUUUUCUUUUUUGUUUUUUUUUCCUUUUUUUUUUUAAUAAGUGUAUGUAUGGGUAAAAUGCUAGAUGGGAUUGCAUUGGACAGCUCCAAUGUUUAGGCAAUAAUUGAACAAAAGAAUCCUGGCAUAUUUCUAACACUAAUGGCAAUUUACCUUUUUUGGUAUUUAUUUUACGGUAGUCAAGA